AUGGCGGCUUCACGGCAUUCGCUGUUGAGGGGUGCAUGCGCGGAAUCGAGGGCUGCAAAUCGAAGAAAUCUGGCACACGGGGCGGGAGAUUCUGUGCCCGAAUCUCUUUCUUUUUCUGUUCUUCGGAAGCUCUGUCGGACACGGAAAGGCCUCGACAGGAUCUUGCAGGUUUACCAGACCCAUCAGGCUUCGUCUAAUUCUUCUCUCGCGUCUUCUUCCUCUUCUUAUCGUCCCUCUCCUGCGUAUCCGUUUCGGAAUGGUGAUCCAGGAGAAAGCCUCAUAUGCUCUCCCGACGCACUGGCAUACGUCGCGCACGCCCUGUGUCAUGCACAACUUGCCAGGUCUCCUUCCUCUUCAAAAUCCUCUUCGCCAUGUCAUUCUUCCUCUUCGAAGUCCUUCUCUCCAUCGUAUGCUCUGAAGCGGGCGCAGCUCCUUCGAGGACGCAGGACGGUAGGCAACCCGCCAGCACAAGGGAGACAAAACGAGCACAACGCAGCCGUAACAGAUGAGAUUGACAAAGCGUCACUUGCGCCGCAUUGCUACUUGCCUUCUCAACCCUCCGCUCCCAGCUUUCCUUCGUCGUCUCCAUCUCUCUCUUCGUCCCCAGCUGUUUCUGCCUGUCCAUUUUCUCCAUCGUCGCGUUCUUCUCCUUCAGCCUCUUCUUCCGCCUGUUCUUCCGCUUCGUCUGCCGCCUCUUUUUUCGCCUCGUCUACCACUCGUUCCUCAACCGGCAAGCGCUCUCUGGUGGACACAGACGAAACGAAGGAGGAAAAGGCGAAUGCCUCUGAAGACGGCGGAAAGGAAACACAUCAGAGCGAGGUCCGGUCUCGAGAGGAUGAGAGGGCAAGAGAGCUGGAAGUGAAUGCUUCCGCUCUUUUUCGGCUACGUGGCUUCUCGCAGGCAUCGCCUGCGGCGUGUUUAUCCUCCCUCGCGACGCAUUUCCUGGUUGACCACGCCCUGAUUCUAAUCGAUAAGGAUCAUUCACUCGAGCGAGGAGCACAUCUGCCUCUUGUUCCCGAUUCGUCGUCCUCUCCUUCUUCUCCACCUCGCUCGACUUCAGCGCGUCACGACUCCUCUCCUUCUCUUCCUCCACCCUCCUCGGACCCGCCUGCUGCCUCGCGGCCUUCGCGGUCCGGCUCGUCGUUCUCUCCAGCGAACUACGCCUUCUUGCUCUUCGCCCUGUCCUUCUCGCCCUCGCACAGCAUCAGCGGUCGAGCAGCGCUUGGCCUGCUUCGUCCUCUUCCCGUGCUCCUUCCGCAGUUUUCCCUUCUCGACGUCUCUCAGGCUGUCGCCUUCAUGACACAGUUGCCGCGUCUCCUGGAGAAGGAGACAAAACGAGGCGUCGCGACAGCUUCCUCCUUGAGCUUGGCUCGUGGCCUUCGAAACCAACCGACGUACAGGGUUGCCGUCUCUCCUGGAGCUCCGAUCCUCACUGUCUUAUCCUCUCCUUCCGCAGCAUCCCCUCCGCUUACACCAACCUCGUCAUCGUCGCCGUCUCUCGCGUGUCGACCUCCUGCUGCUUCGUAUCAGGCCUCUGUGUCCCUGUCUCAGAGACACAAGUCGGGGUCUUCUGUCUCACUGGACUGGUUUCUUUCUCGCGUCGCUUCUCGACUCUAUUCGUACUCUUCGCCUCUUCUCCCUUUCGAUCCCACGUCUCCACAGGCGCCCGUCGAUGCGCUGAAGCACGCCACCCUCAUUCUCUCGGCUUUCUCCAGCGUUCACUACGCUCUGAAGCCCGCUCUGCUCUCUCUCUUUCUCUCGUCGCUCUUCCGAACAAGCUCAGCUUGUCAUGGGGCACACGCGGACAGUUCCCUGCUUUCUCUCUCGACAGGUGGUCCUUGCUCAUCCCAACCCGUUCUGGAACCGCGCGCGUUGCAGGCAAGCCCGCAGGGCGGACAGGAUCCACAAGGCAUCGGUAGUGGAGAACAAGACAAACUCCAACCUGCAGAGAGGGGCGGAGAUCUGCGCGAAGCGGGUGAAGAGAGAAAGAGGCCAUCUUCAAUUUCACAGCCGGCUUCCGCGUCUGGGACUACCGGCAAACUCGAACGAGGCGCCCCGGAACCCUCGCGACAUCCUGCGUCCUCUCCACCCUCGUUUCCCACUCCUGGGACACGUUCCCAAGUUCUACGAGCACCUUGGCGAAUCGCAGGCGAAACGCUUCCCUUGCCUGUGGCUGCGAAAUUUUUCCUCGCUUUGGCAACUCAGUGUGCGUUCCAGGCCCAUGAACUUGUGGGGAAAAGACACCAAGUGAGUCACAGAUCCAUCUCGCCUGGCGACGCGUCUUCUGGAUUUUCGACAUCGCCUUCAGUUCCCCAGUCCUCACCAUCUUCCCUCCCCGCCUUUGCCCUGUCCUCGGCUUCGUGUCUGUCGUAUGCCGCUCCCGGUUCUCUUUCCUUCUGUCCUCCCUCUUCCUCCUCUCCUCCGUCUUCCUCCCCUCCUCCCUCUUCCUCCUCUCCUCCGUCUUCAGCUUCCUCCGCCUCACCCUCUUACCCCUCAUCCUUUCCUCCGCCUUCUUCGUGUGCUUCUCCUCCAUUCUCUUCUGCCUCCGUUUCUCUGACCUCGUCUUCUUUCUCUCGUCCUUCCGGCAUCUGCUAUGCUCACCAGUGCGCAGAGAGCACCCCUGCGUUUAUGGAGAGCGUGGCUGGUGGUGUCGCUGCCUCCUUGGCAGCGUCAGUCGAAGAGCGGUGCCGUCUGGUCCGCACCCCCUCUCAGAAUCGAGACAUUUCCGAAACUCAGACACAAGAGACAAGUCAAGUGCUUCUGCAAAUGGAGGCAUUCAUGCGCCAUCUCCUGUCUUCAGUCACUCUGGAGCCAGUGCUGGGCAUUGAUGGCGAGGCGAUGGCGGACUGUGUCGAGGCGUGUGCAAUCCUCGACGUUGCCCUCACUGCGCUUCACGGUUCAGUGCGCUCCUCUGUGUCCUCUUCCUCUCACGAGAGAAGUUUCCUUCAGAGUCCGUGUGGUCUCGUCCCCGGUUUCGUAUCGUCUGCCGAGCCUCCUCACUCUCCAGCUGCCUCGCCCGUACUCUCGGGUGUCAUGCCUUCGCUUCCCUCUUCAAACGAUUCGAUACCUUCUUCUCCUCGCGUCUGUCCCCUCGCUCUCUCCUCAUCCUCUGACGCUUCGCCUUCACAAUCUCCGUCUCCGUCCUCUUUGGUGGAGCCUCGUCAGGGCGCGGAAGGCAGUUUCUCCAACGCGUGCGUGCCAGGUGAAGCGCCAGGGGGAGGCCUCAGGCACAGGCAGAACGAGGAAGAAUGCAACGCUGUGUGGCUGGAGAGAGUACGAGAGAAACUCGCGGAAGCAGGCAUGUUGCUGAGUCGGAAUGCUCGGCCGCAUCGGCGCCAGAAACGCGCCUUCCAGUCAAAAACUACGGAGUCUUCGCGCGAUGGAUCCGAGGUUCCGCCCUCUCCCAGUGUCUCUCCACCCCCCUCUUCUCCUGCGCUAGUCGACUCGCCCUUGCCUUCCUUUCGCUCUGCAGCGUCUCCUUCUGCCUGCCCGUCGCUCCCUUCCGUUCCUUUGCCGCACUUCGAGUCAGACUCCCCUUGCCACCGUUGGCCCUCCUUCUGUUUUCUCCCGUUUCUUCGUGGACGCGUGCACCUGCGUCUGGCGACGACGCCGGGUCUUCUUGUUUCCCUCUUUGCUGCGUGGGCCCACGACCCCAGAUGGUCCACGUCUGCUCUGGUCCAUCUUCUUCUCACGGCGUCUUGUCUCCAGUCUUCCCCUUCCUCUUCCGGCGCUUGCUGGUCUCCACAGUCUCCCAGUUCCGUUCCCUCUACGCAGGCGAGUGGCCUGCCGACGCAGCAAGCGAGACGGAAGGCGACGGAGCGAGACAACGCGAAAACGGCAGGCGCGACAGACGAAGGCGCUGAGGAAGGAGUCGGUGCGGGACAGCAACGGAGUCUGCGCGAUGCCUGUGUCGUACCGACUCACAGAGGGGUUCGGGAGAGAUCCGCGGAAACGUGGAAGCCGGUCGAAGCGAAGGACAGGUGUAACGAAGCGGAUGAGGGAGACGAGACACUACACUCUCUAGAUACCCAGAGAGCGCCUCUACUACGCAGCGGGGCUCUGGUCGCGCUCUUCAGUCACAUCUCCCAUCGGCUGAGAGGGGAGGACGGAGACGAACCGAGCAAGCUUCAGCGCCAACAAUGCAUGCGCUCAGGGACGGGGGAUGACGACUUCCGCGAAAGACAAAGAGAGACGGUUCUACGAGAGGGAAAGAAGACGAGUGACUCUCCGCGACCCCUCAUGAGGUUGCAAUGUGCUCGAGGGACACACGAUUCCUCUGCGUCUGGCUGCGCCGUGCCCCGUUCGUCUUCGGGCUCCUCGUCUUCGGCGCCUGUCUCCUCGGCUGCUUCAUCCUAUGCUCCCAUGUCUCCACCUCGCGGGAAACACGGCCACAAGCAGAAAACAGCUUUCGUCCCUACAGAGCUUGGUCCCCUCCUCUUGAGCAUGCUGUGCGUGCGGUUCACGUUCCACAGGUUGUACCCAACCUCUUCCUCCCUCCUCUCCUCUCCUUCACUCUCGUCUGUGUCGGCAUUGUCCUCUACGUCGUCCGGAACGGCGUCCGCUUCUUCGGCUGCGUCCCCCUCCACGUUGGCUUCCUCUGCUCUCGCAGCUUUCUCCGCUUCUUCCCCCUGUGUGUCUGCUCACAGCUAUCCAACCCAUUCGUUUUUCACUGUGGGCUCCACGCUUUUCCCGCGUUUCUCUUCCGCACUGUGUGUUCCUCCCUUUCCCACCUCCUUUUCUUCUCCAGGCUCGUCUUGUUCUCUUGGCGGUACAUCGGGCUUUUGUGGCACAGUCCUCUUCUGCGACUGCCGCCCUUUCCCGCGGCUUCUGCCGUGGCUCCUCGCCUUCCCGUUUCUCCUUUCUCAUCCUUUUCCCUUCCAGCGCUUCGCGUUUGUCAUCGGCUUUUACCGGUCACACUCACUGCAUCGACCGUUUCAUCUCCUUCUUUCUCCGCUGCUUCCUUGCCGCGGGAACGGAACUGCCUGGGGUCAGAGGCUGCAGUCCAGUGCUCGUCCUCAUCGCUGGAAAGGUUCGUCAUAUCUCGGAUUUCUGAGAUCCUAG